AGGAGAUUCUCCUACAACAAUGCCAAGCUUACAAAAUAGUUAUUGCGGCUUAGAAAAAGAAGAUGAAGACCAAGACUGUGAAUGGAUGCUAUUGGGGUCAGAACCUUAUUGCAAGAGAACACUAGCAACAGCUCCAGAAUGGAAGAGUUCACUACAAUUGGAAGACUGCAAAUUUUGUGCUGCACUUAGCGCUGGUCCUACAUGUUUUAUUCCUGGUCAUGGUUGGGGCACUGUAGACGAGCAAAGCUUUCUUUUGACACGCAACAUUUACUGGUUCUCCUGUUCUGGAAAGUUAUUGAACGUGAAUUCUUUGCAGGCGGAAAGAUUCGUAGGGACCAAACAAUCUUUUGUCACCACAAAGAGUCUCCGAGAGGCAGGAUUUUUGCAAGAUGAGUCCGUUUUGUUGAUAUUUGAGGAUGGAACUUUGGCAAGGGUGCUGCAGGAUAGUCCAGUCAUUUAUGUUAUUGGUAGUGUUUUCGAAGUUCUCGAGGUUGAAGGAGGCUCCUUGGUGCAAAGUGCCAUCAUUACGAAUGAUGAUUGCUUUAUUAUGGAAACAACCAAGAAGAAUUUUUAUCUGGUUCAGGAUAUAUUGAGAGGAAAGUUUUUAAUACAUCGUUUUUCUGUUGACGAAAGUCGGGCAAAGGAAAACGUUGCCAUCACGUGUUAUCAAGUAUUGGCUUCUGGUUCUCCUCCCUUGAAGAAUAGUGGAACAUCGUCCAAUCAUGAUAUUCAACUAUUGAUUGGUUAUGAAGAUGGUACAGUCAUUUCAUCCAACCUGUACGAUCAUCUUUUGCUUUAUCAACUGGAGGGAGGAUACUUUAUAUCCUUUUCAGUAUCUCGAGAUGGACGUUGGAUCGCAGCGAUAGAGUCGGGAAAACACUCUCUUUGGAUCUUCUCUUCAGAUAUGAAUAGAGCGGUAUUAUCCAAUUGGUUACCGAGUCCCUCAUUUCUUCGUAGCAUUGGAAUGGAAGAACUGGAGUCUGUAGAUUAUAGUAACUUGCAAAUUGAUUGGUGCGCUAGUGAAGCUGUUGCAUGGUAUUUGGUGUCCCAUUCGUUUCUGUUAUUAGUGGACAUUCGAGGAAAUUGUGUCCAUUUAUCUAAUGAAGCCUGUUUCCUGUAUUCCGAGUUGGAUGGAUUGCGAUGGAUAGAACAAGAAAGAGUGUACUAUAUAUAUAAAGCAUCGAAGCCUUUAUAUGAUCUUCAAAAUCUGGGCAAUACAGAAGACAUCUCUUUAUUAUUCAGUUGUUUUGAAACUUUUGAUGGACGAACGAGAGAUUCGGAUGAGAAACGUAUUCAAUUUUAUCAACUGGUUCAUUUGCUUUUCUCGAAAUCUUCAGGUUUGCUGGACAUUGUGGAGACUAUAUUAGAUAACAUGGUAUUGGAAGAGUGGAAUAUUGGAAGACAGAAGAAGUUGCUCAAAUUAGCUUCAUUUUGUAUUGCUUACCAAGGAUCGUAUCAAAACCAGUCUAAAGUUACCCAACUAGCUGAUCAGCUAUCCGUUGUCUGUAGAACCUUGCGUCUGUUAAAUUGUCUCCGUCGACAAUGUGAUAUUCCUAUCACAUUUGUACAAUCAAGAGAGAUGAGUGGAGACAAAUUGAUGGAUCGUAUAUCCAGAUAUGGUUAUCAUGAAAAAGCUUUGAGCAUUUCAAUUUACUUAGGAAUAGAUCCAUCCAUUCCACUUAUACGAUGGGCAAAACAAGAACUACUGCAGUGCCUUCCAAAGGAUACAGUUAUCCAUCCUGAUGUCCAAGAUCGCGAAAUGAUUGAAAGCAAUGUGAUGGAAAAAAUUUCGAAACGUCUAGAGUAUUUUACGGAAGAAUAUCAGAUAGCAGCACCCCCUUAUACCGAUAUUGCUCUGAUGGCUUGGAAGCUGGACCUCUCCAACUUGGCCAUUUGGUUGACUCAAAAAGAGCAAAGGAUGUAUAAAAAGGUACCUUUGCUGUUAAUGCAGAACAAGGAACAAGAUGCCCUGAAAGCAGCAUCAGAAGAUGGAGAUCCUGAACUGUUGCAAGGUGUUUUUAUUCGCUUAAGGCAACGUCAUACUCUCGCCGAAAUGUUAGAAUUCUUUCGGUCCAACAAUGACCAGUUGCAAGACGCUGUACGUUUGUAUGCAGCUUUUUUACGUCGCCAUGCCAUUUUAGAAGAGUGGAAUUCAUUUAUGUUGUCUUUUGGAUUGAGACCUUGUUUUGCCGUGUUAUCACAAGCACAUUUAUCAUUGCAAAGGACGGCACAGCGCAAGAAGACAUUGGAAUGGUUAUCAUUGCAAAUGAAUCGAACUGCCAAAAGAUCAACUUGGCUGGGUUGGUCGCUAAAGAAUGAAUGUAAAAUAUCGGACCUUGCAACGGAAUUGGAGCAAACAUGGAAAUUACAAGAAAAUAGUCUUGAUGUUUCGAGUAUUUCGCGUUUUAUUGUAUCUGUGGCGGAACAAAGUGUACACCUAUCUCCUUCUGAGAGAAGAGAUUGUUUGUACCGAAUAAAGAAUCAGUUCAAGGUUCCCGAACGUCGAUUUAUAUACAACUGUUUGCAAGGCAUGGCAAAUAUCGGGGACUUUGAAGGUAUGUUGAUAUUGGGUUCUGAACGACAUCCUCCACAGACAGGAUGGAUGCCAUUCGUAGAAAUAUGUCUUCGUCAUGGUCGAUUAUCGGAGGCAAGUCAAUUCAUCAAACUGAUAAAGGAGCCUCAGGAACGUGCUAUUGCCUUGGCUAAAGCAGGGUAUGGAAAAGAAGCUGCAGAGUUAGCAAUGAAAUGGAAGAAUCAACGUUUAUUGCAACAGAUAUAUGAAAUUGUUCCUCAAUCCAGUUAGAAGUGUAAUCAUCCGCCGUUAUAAGACCGGUUGGAUUCGUGGAGCGAUCAGCAAAAA